AUGGCAACUAAACCAUCAACUUCGAAUAAGGCAAGUUUGUCUCAUAAUAAUAAUGGACUUAUUCAUACGGUUACUGGUGAAAAUAAAGAAAAUACAACAUUACUUUGGUUUGAUCCAAGUAUUGGCUCCGAAGAAGAUACGGAAAGAACACAACAAGAAUUACGUUCAAUUAAUGAUUUUGUUAUUUUUCAAACUGAUCUUGAUAAAUGUAUUGCAUAUAUUCAAUCUAUUGCAAAUGAAAAAAUAUUCUUAAUUACAUCAGGAUCAAAAGCAUCAGAAAUUCUACCACAAAUCGCAGAUCUAUCACAAAUUGAUUCGAUAUUUAUUUUUUGUAUUCAAAAAGAUAAAUAUAUAGAUUUAAUUAAUAUCUAUCCAAAAAUUAUUGGUAUUUAUGUUGAACUUGAUGAAUUAUCUCAAUCAAUUCGAGAACAAGUUAAACUUGUUGAUAAACAAAUUCAAGCAUUUAGUUUUUUUGAUCAAAAUCAAAAAUCAACAAAAGAUAUAUCAAAACAAACAGCAGAAUUUCUCUGGUUCCAAUUAUUCAAUCAUGUUAUUAUUCGUUUACCAAGAAAUCAACAAGCAAAACAACAGAUGAUUAAUUUAUGUCGACAAUAUUAUCGUGGUAAUAUUAAAGAAAUUAAAUUAAUUAAUGAAUUUGAACGUGAAUAUCGUUCCGAUGAUGCUAUUCGUUGGUAUACAAAACAAUCAUUUGUUUAUCAAAUGAUCAAUAAAGCAUUACGAACAGAAGAUAUUGAUAUGUUACAUACAUUUCGAUUUUUUAUUGGUGAUCUUUCUGAAAGACUUGUUCGUGAACAUGAAAAAAUUUUAUCAUCUGAACAACAAAUAUUAACAUUUUAUCGAGGAAUGAAAAUUGAUAGAGAAGAAUGUGAUAAAAUGAAAGAAAAUCAAGGAAAUCUUAUUACAAUUAAUGGAUAUUUAUCAACUAGUCGACUUCGUAUACCAGCACUUACCUUUGCAUUGAAAGCAACAAAACGAACUGAUGUUGUUCCAGUUUUAUUUCAUAUUAUAUGUGAUGUACAAAAACUUGGUAACAAUGUCGUAUUUGCUGAUGUUUCGAAAUUUAGUGUAUUUCCUGAUGAAGAAGAAGUUUUAUUUGAUAUUGGUGUAUCAUUUAAAGUUCAAUCGGUUAUGAAAGAUGAAACCUAUUCAAAUUUAUGGUUGAUUAAACUGGAAACAAUUGAUGAAAGUGCACGAAUAGUUAAUGACUAUGUUGAAUUAAAUAGAAAACAAGAAGAAGAAAUUAGUGUAACUAUUAUAUUUGGUAAAUUACUUACAUCAAUGGGAAAAUAUGAUCAAUCAUUAAAUUACUUUCAAAGUUUAUUAUCUAAUGAAUCGGAAAAUGAAGAUAAAGCUCGAAUAUAUAAUAAUAUUGGUUCUGUCUAUCGUUAUAAAGCUCUUUAUGAUGAUGCAAUUAAAAAUUAUCAACAUGCUAUUGAUUUAAUGAUGAAUACGAAACCAGAACCACGAAUAAAAGAUUCAGCUAGACCAAUAAUGAAUAUGGGAAAUGUUUUUCUUGAUCGUUGUGAAUUGGAUAAAGCAUUGAAACAAUAUUGGCAAUCAUUAGAAAUAACUGAACAAUAUUAUGGUGAAGAACAUUUACAAACAGCGAUUGUCUUACUUCAUAUUGGUGGUGUUUAUUAUGAACAGAAAGAUUUUAAUCGAGCAUUAAAAUAUUUUAAACAAGCACUUGAAAUUCGUGAAAAACGAUUACCUAGUGUACAUAUUCGUAUUGCACAAUGUUUAACAGCUAUUGGACGUGUCUAUUCUGAUAUGCAAGAACUUGAUCAAGCUCUUAGUUAUCAUAGAAAUGCAUUGGAUAUGUUUAAUAAAUUAUUACCAUCAGAUCAUAAUGAUAUAGCGAGUUGUCUAAUAAAUAUUGCUAUUGUAUUACAUAAACAACAAGAGUUAAGUACUGCAUUAGAUUAUUGUUUGUCGGCAUUGAGAAUUAAGCAAAAAGUAUUUGGAGAAUCAAAUAGUCAUCCUCAAAUUGCUGAUACAUUACACAGAAUUGGUUCGAUCUAUGAAGAUCAGAAGAAUAACACAUUAGCACAAAAAUAUUAUGAAGAUUCAUUAAUUAUGAAUUUAAAAAUAUUACCAAAUGAUCAUCCAAACUUACUACGAUUGAAACAAGAUGUAGCUAGACUUACAGAAAGAAACUAA